AUGUCCUUCACCCUCUCAGAAGUUAAUCCCGAAACCUACUUUCUAGACCUCAUCACCUGCGAAUGGGAAUCCUACGGAUUCCCUCUCCAAACCUUUUUCCGCCUCUUCUGUCCCAUCCGCGGCACGGGUCCCCACGCCCGCGAGGAGUCUCUCGCAGAAUGCACCGCGCGUCAACGCGAAUGGCACGUCUCCGACCCCUCAAGCUACUGGCAGAAAGUCACCGAUUCGAGCACGGGAAAGAUCAUCGGUGGGGCGUUGUGGGGAAUUUGUCCUACGAACCCUUUUGAGAAGACGGAACAUGAAGAUGCGUAGGUCCACACUUCUUUCUGAACAAUAGAUAAGCAGUACUUGCUGUAGCUCUCUGUUUUCCAAGAAUGGUGGUUCAGAUUCAAGGGCGAAAUAUGAGCUAAACUUCGUGUUUCAAGGUACUGGUUCCCAGAAGGGGGAGAGCGCGAAUUCGUCAACGAAGCUUUAGAAAGAUUUGAAACCCCGAGAGCGACGAUGGGACAGAGGCCUCAAGUUUGUAAGACGCCCUCGCGACCAUUAUUAUGAAUCGUUCAACUAAUCAUCGAGUUCGCUGGUAAUACAGACCUUAACAUCAUUUUCAUCCAGUAAGUCAGAUAACUUCUUUCGCAAUUCCAAACCUGUCGAGUCAAUUCCAAUUAUAAGAAGAACCCAUACAUCUCAUCUCAUAUCAUCUCCCACCUAUUCCCACCUCUCAACUCCCAUCCCCAUUCCCAAACUCGCCUCUCCCCUCUAACUCCCCACAGUCCCGCCUACAGACGCCUCGGAGCCGCCAACCUAAUCUUGGACUGGGGCAUCAAAAAGGCGCAAGAGAUGGGCGUCGAAAUGUGGCUCGACGCAACCAUCUACGGGAUCCCGCUCUACAAAAAAGCACGGCUUCGUCGUGGUCAAGGAGAACUCGUUGGAUCCGCGGAAAGAAGAUCCAGAUGCGGAUUGGAAGAGACUUGA